AUGUAUCAGACCUUUCCACUCAUGCCAGGAUUGCGUCAACACCAUUCGAAAUGGAAGGUACCAAUAAAAUACGGCGCUGAGCAAAACGCAUACAUUGAGACCAAAACGAAUGGUGACUUUGAAAGAAAUGAGGACUCGUUUGUGUGCGAUGAGCUCGAAAAUUACAAUCCACGGCUUGUCUGA